UCUGCAGCAGCGGCGCCUGUUCCGGAGCAGCAGCAGCAGCUGGAUGGCUCUGCGCCGCGGCUCUCCUGGAGGGAACAUCCCCGGAAUGAAGCGCGGCGUCCCGCAUCGCAGAAGCGAUAACAGAGCCACAUCUGCAGGGGUUUUCAGCUGAGGAGGAAUCACUCAGAAAAAAAAAAAAAGAAAAGAGACGAAAAAAAAAGAGAAAACGAAAAGAAACUUCCUGACGGGAAUGAAUGAGAUGAGAAAUUCUGCUGAGGAGUUGCACUCUCUCCCUCCAAGACCACCGAGUUUCUCCAAAGCCCCCGCAAAGAGACGGUUUGUGAGGCUGGGACGGAAGAGCAGUGAUGGUUCUCAGUCGGGAGUAUCCACCGGCAGUUCCUCCACCUGUAGGUCGGCAGAGGGCGUGGCCAUCAGGCAGCCGAACAAGAGUCGCAUCAGUCGCCAAACCAACCGACUCUCCGGCGUCUUCCACCGCAACCCGGUGCCUACAUCGGGCUCCAUGGCGCUAACGGCGGGACUCCUGUCGUCACGGUCCGUCCAAGUCAGGAAGAGCAGCAUGUUCUCCGCGGAAGUCCUGCCAGAGGACGACCCAUCCGAGCUGUCCAAUCAGAUCACGGCCCCAGGGAUCCUGAAGAUCUUCGGGAACGAGAUCUGUGAAGGGGCUCACUACAAGAGCGUCCUGGCCACCACGCACUCCAGCGCCGGGGAGCUCGUCAAGGAGGCCCUGGAUAGGUACGGCCUGAGGAAGGAGGAGUCCGAUUCCUACGUCCUCUGCGACACCAUCGGCUCCAUCGACAGCCACCAGUGGAGGACGGAGGGCUUCAGGGUGGUGGGCGACCACGAGAAACCUCUCCUCCUGCAGUCGCUAUGGAAACCCAGAGAGGGCUUGGCGCGACGUUUCGAAAUCCAGCGGAAAAGUUCGAUAGAGGAGAAGACGUCGAAGGAGAGGGACACCGUCACUGCCGGUAUCAAUGCCCAGGCCCGGAAGCUGCAGAAGAGCCGAUCCAGGGUCACCUCCUCUCUUGUGGAGAGGACUCUGGGUCGCAGUCAGAAGCUCUGGAGGAGCAAAAGUGAGAUGGAUCUGUUGGACGGCGGGGACAAAAGCGACGGGAAACGCGACGCGCGAGCCAAGAGUCUUCGCGAGAGCCUCGGCCACUCUUCAGUCCACAGCCGGGAGUCCCUGGAAAAUGGCCCCCGACUGAUUGACAUUUGCAGCACGGAGGCGCCCUUCGAGAGGGAUGGCGGGACGGCGUCUAAGACAGAGAACCUCAGUCCGCCGAGGCCGAGGGGCGAGCGUGAGGGAGAGGAGUCGGAGAGGGAGGAGACGGAGAGCAGCGACGAUAACACCACACAGUACUCCAUUCACCCUCCACACGACUGUCCGUACCUGCUGCUGCUGCAGGGCUGGAGCCUCACGCAGGACUUUAUCAUCUACUUGCUAGCUGCACCACACAUUCUUAUCGGCCGACGCGGUGAGUGCGAAGACAAGCCGAGUGUGGACGUCGUCCUCUUUGCUGACGACAUCCUUCCAAGCCACUGCUCCCUCCACCGCCACGGCGUCGGCAGUACCAUCACGCUCUCCCCUUGCAAAGACGCCGCCGUGUCCAGGAACGGCAAAGCCGUGAAAGACAACGUGCAGCUGAGCUCCGGUGACAUCAUCGGACUGGGAAAGCAUUACCUGUUUCUUUUCAGGGAUCCCCUACCUUCAGUGAACAAGGAAGAAAGCAAUGCCUCUCCUGAACCAACGUUGUCUGCUGCUCCGUGGAUAAUGUGUCUCAGCCCUCCCGCGGCGGCAACCAUCCACAGUACAGCAAUGAUCCACUGUAUCAACUGCAUCCCGAACUGCACGGACUUCCGAGGUUCAGCCCGCAAGCGGUCUCCCAACAAAGGCCCUCCCUUUCUAACAUCACCCAGAGGCCACAUCCUGACUUUGAGCUACAGGAUUGAGGACGAAGAUCGUGUUGUCAAGGAGAUCUUUGCUAUGGACGGCACCAGCAUUAUCACUGACGGAGCCCCACUGACUGUCUCCUUUCUGCUGAGCCUGUGUCUCCAGUAUGCCACGGCUUACCUUCACACUUCAGACCUACGGAGGCUCCUGCUGCUGAGCGCGAGUGAAGUCCAGAGUGCCACGUGGGAUUGCACUACGAAGCUAGCUGCUGUUUAUCCUGAAGAUGAAGGUUCAAACCACGAAGUGCGCAGCCUACAUGAUGUAAUUUCGGGUUUGCGCCCCCUGGUGGUGUGGAUGGCCAACGCCCUGGAGCUGCUGCAGUUCAUUCAACAUCAGUUGCCUCUUAUUCUGGAGUGGAGAAACCGUAUGGAGGAGCAGCGGAGGGAGGACGGAGACUGGGAAGACGAUGAAAGCAAAGAAGUGGAGAACUUAGCGAUGUUGGAGCUUCGCCUGUCCUGCAUUCGUUCAGCCAGCGAGGAGACGAUGGCCGUCCUGGAGGAAGUCAUCUUGCUGGCCUUUCAGCAGUGUGUCUACUACAUCACCAAGUUCCUGUACACAGUCCUUCCAAGUCUCCUGGACUGCAAUCCUUUCAGGGAGAGUGCCGGAGACUGUGGUCGUGGCCUGGGUGGUAGCGGGAUGCACGUCCCCAUGGAGAUCAGUCAAGUAGUGGAGGUUCUGGAUGAGAGCUGGAGGCUGCUUUUAGACUGUCAGGUCCACCCAGAGGUCUCCUCUCAGCUCAUUGGCUACCUCUUCUACUUCAUAAAUGCAUCGCUCUUCAACUCACUCAUGGAGAGAGGCUCAGAACCAGGCUUCUACCAGUGGUCCAGAGGAGUGCGAAUGCGAGCCAAUCUCGACCUGGUUCUGGACUGGGCCCACGCAGCUGGACUUGGAGAACUGGCCUUGGAGCACACACACACUCUCUCUUCAGCUAUCAACCUGCUGGCUACGCCAAGAAAGAAUUUACUGCAGACGCCGUGGGCGUCCUUGCGCUCCGACUAUCCCGCCCUGAGUCCGGCCCAGCUGCACCACCUGCUGAGUUUGUACAGCCCGGCCUCACCCUGCGCCCAAACGUGGGCUCCAUCCGCACAGGACCGAGGGCCAGCCAACACAACAGCUGAUAUCCUGGAGAGUUUUGACACCCACCAUCCGCUGGAGCUUCCAGACGAAGGUUACCUGCUCCAGCUCAGACGGCCAGUGGCAGACCCAGCUCUGAGGGAGCAGCUGCAAAAGCUCAAGGAGUUUAUCGGCGCGCUGUCUGAUUCCCAGAUGAACGAUGCAGAUGCUAAGAAGCACCAGGUUGGUGCCGCUCAGACGGACGCUGCUCAGGCGGUCAACGACAUCCUUCAAAAUGUUGGCUUAGAAGCCUGUAAUUCAUCACCGGAUGACCUGAUUCUACCUCCAUCACCAUCGUGUCUUAACUGGGAUGAGCUCAGCACUGUUGUUCCACAUAUUGUAGCUGAAAAUCAAAUAAAUCUGGAGCCGACAGAACCCAGUGAGGUGCAAUGGUCGGCUCUGGACCCUCCCUGCCUCCUUAUCCGACCUAAAACAGGAGCCUUGAUGAAUCCCAACAGUGAAACAGUGGAAUGCGAAGGUGGCUUAGUGUCCGAGUGUCUGGCCGCACUGAAUGCGGACCAUUUGAAAUCGGACUGCGACACCGUGAAAAGACUUCUGGAGCUAAAAGAGGAGGAAGAGGAGGCUGGGGAAGAGGAAGUGGACGACAACGACGAGGUUUUCAGUUUGGAGCUGGAGCGGGGCGAAACGGGACUCGGCCUUGCUCUGGUGGACACGAGGAACACAUCCAUGAAGGUGAAGGGCGUCUUUAUCCGUGCGGUCGUGCCAGACUCUCCUGCCGCCAAGUGUGAGAAGCUGGAGCCUGGAGACAGGAUCCUGGCUGUCAACGGAGUCAAUCUGCUCGGAUUGGAUUACGAGAGCGGAAAGGAGCUGAUCCAGUCAUCAGGCGCCAGACCGAGGUUACUGGUGGCAAGAUCGCACUACAUGGCUGCAGCACUACAGAAUGAAUGCUGACUCUGCAGUUGUUAAGGGACUACUGAACCACAAUCUGCUCUGCACGAGACUUCCAGAGCCUGUUGAACACGGCAUGCACAGAAAAUGGACUACGAAGAGGAACUUUGGUUUUAGAUGAUCAUUGUAAAUUAGCAGCUUCUGAGUUAGAAAAAUUACUGUAAUAAUUUCUUGUUAUCUUUGAGUGAUGCUGGAUUUUGUUUCAAGUAGCGGAGAAUUUGCUUCGAAAGUUUGAAAAUUUGCUCAGACUGAAUCCAGACAAGCUGUGUGUGUACUUACCCUUCUCUGAGCAUGCCUGUGAAAACUGUGUUUGACCAAAGGAGACCAUCCAGUACCCUUUUACAGAUGUCUGAAAAGCCUUAAGGGUGCAGUGUUAUGAAUCUUCUAGGCACAUAGUGCCAUUUUACUCAACAAUCAGGUAACUAUGUUACCUUCAGUUGUUAUAAAAACGCCAUCAAUAUCAAAUAUGACGGAGAAGAAAUUUGACUUUGUAAUUUAACGCCUUGAAAUUGGGCUUCUGUCUCUUUAAAAAUGUCUGCUCUCUGCCUUCAGGAAGUCUUAACAACCUAGCUAUUCUGUUAAUUAUUGGUCUUUACCAGCGUCGUACUUAGAAGUAGCUACUAUAAUGAGCUCAUCAGAUGCACAGUGUUUGCUAAUUGCUGCUGGCUAGUCUGAAGGAGCUGGGUGGAGGAGUUACAGGGGAGGCCUGCUCUGUGAGCCAGAAACUGCAUCUCCAUUUAAACUUUAGCAGAGCAUCACUAACUAAAGGUUUCUGGAAAUUGAUUGACUGAAAUAUAUAAAGCACCAAUAAACACAGUGUAGUGAAGAUGGUAAUUUUGUAAAAAGCAUUUUUUUUUUUUCUAAUUUGGAUUUUUCCCUUCCCCUAUGAAUAAGUCAAAUCAAAUCCUGGAUUUUUUUUCUCACAUUUCUCACUUUUACAAUAAAAGAUCAUCUUCACCUGGAACAAUCAACAUAUCUCUUGCAGGUUAACUGGGCUGCUAAGUUAAAGAUGUGGUGAGGUUUCCUUACCUUUGGACUUCCGUCGCUAGUGUGUAUGUUUCCUUGCACGCUAGCCUGUUGAUAUCCUGUUGAGAGCAUGCGGUACUUUAUUUAACAAUUCAAAAGUAUUUUGAGCAAAACCACUUCCUGUCUGCUUCAGCAUAGCACAGAAUGAAACUGAGGUCAGCUGAGGUUCAUCCUCCACAGAUCUUGUUCCCCUUCACCCAUAAAGCUGCAGCAGGGCGGCUCUUCCUCUGGUCUUUUGCUCCACCUAGUGGCUGUGACCAAGAAUGGCCACUCAACUUUACAUUUGCUUUCAUUUGAAGCUAUUAUCUCAGUCAGGUAAUCGGUUAUUCACAUAGCUGUAAUCCACAUAUUUCGUGUGACUUUUGAUUUGUGUAAAAUAAACAAACCUCAGAGGUGAUGAAUCUCUACCAAAUGUCUUGAAGAUCUCAAAAGGGCAAGAAGGAUGCUGUUGCCCAGCUAACGAGUUUUUAUUCACUCUACUCCAGUUUCCUGUAACUUGCCACAAGAAACUUUGAGAUUGACUGAAUUUAUCUCAGUUAGUGCCUUUACAUCCAAACUAAAAUCCGAUUCAAUGACAUGUAGCCUACCUGUUCUUGAUGGCUUGUCAUUUUUCUUUUUAACGUGUAACUUUUUGUGUUGUACUUGUUGCUGCCUCUUGGCCAAGUUUUUAAUCUCAAUGGGAUUUUAUUCUGGUAAAUUAAAUGUUUAAUAAAAAUUUAGAAAGUAUGUCCAAGAGAGAGUAAU